AACUGCAGUUUGCUGUUCAGCGUCGCACCGAGCAAACGUGGUGUGGCAGUUCAUCGCAAAUCCUCAUCGCUCAUCGUAAAGUGGAGAUUGAGAACCGUAAAUCGCUCGCGCAAUGUGCAAACUGCAAACAGCUCGCUUCCACACCCAUAUUGUUUCGUUUCUUUUUUUUUUCUGUUGUUACUUGUUAUAUCCUUGUUGACUGCUCCUGCUCCUGCCCAUGCAACCCACUCACGCCUAGUCAGGCUCGAUCGAAAUCGGUCUCAGGCACUCUCAGGAUUAGCUCUACGCCAGUUAAAUAAUCAUUAGUAAAUAGUCCAGCUACUCCGCAAAACAAUCGGACCCAACCGCAAAUACUUACGCCAGCCGCAACCAAAGAAAAGCGACAGUUAGAGCGCUUUCAUCCUUUCAUUGAGGGGGCCACGAAAAAGCCUUCAAAAUACGCAAGAAGGUGACCUCAAAGAAGGCCAGCGUUGUGUCGGUUGACGACGAUCACAACAACAACAACCACAAGAACGACCACAACGCUCGGCAGCCCACAACCACACCCACACCAACACCCAAUCCCAAACCAAUACCAACGCCCGUUCACCCAGAACAGGAGAAGGUAGCCCAGUACCAUAGGAACAACCGUAACCAGAAGCCCAUCGAGAUGGACGACACACAGCACUUCUGUCUGCGCUGGAACAACUAUCAGAGCAGCAUCACCUCGGCCUUUGAGAACCUGCGGGACGACGAGGCAUUUGUGGAUGUGACGCUCGCCUGCGAGGGACGCAGCAUCAAGGCGCACCGCGUCGUCCUCUCCGCCUGCAGUCCCUACUUCCGCGAGCUGCUCAAGAGCACACCCUGCAAACACCCGGUCAUAUUGCUGCAGGAUGUCAACUUCAUGGACCUGCACUCGCUGGUGGAGUUCAUCUACCACGGCGAGGUCAACGUUCACCAGAAGUCGCUGCAGUCCUUCCUAAAGACCGCUGAGGUGUUGCGCGUCUCGGGACUCACACAGCAGCAGGCGGAGGAUACACACAGCCACCUGACUCAGAUCCAGAACCUGGCCAACGCCGGUGGCCGCACGCCGCUUAACACGCACGCUCAUUCGCACCCACAUCCACAUCACGGCGCCUUGCACGACGACGGCGGAGCCUCGACCCUCUUUAGCCGCCAGGGAGCGGGCUCCCCGCCACCCCCCGCGGUGCCGUCGCUGCCCCCUCACAUCAACAACCAGCUGCUGAAACGCAUGGCCAUGAUGCAUCGCAGCAGCGCCGCGGUCGCAGAGGAGACCUCACAGGCUCUCAAGCGGCUGCGCGGAUCGGACAACGGCCUGCCCCUAUCCGGUACCGGCAGUGCCAGCAACAACAACAGCCCCGACUUGCCGCCGCUCCUUGCGCGCAGCGCAUCGCCUCAACAGACUCCGGCCGACUUCAGCACGAUCAAGCACCACAACAACAACAACACGCCGCCGCUCAAGGAAGAGAAGCGCAACGGACCCACUGGCAACGGCAACGGCAAUGGAAACACUGGCAACGGUAAUGGCAACGGAGCGAGCAACGGCAACGGAAUCUCCAUCAGCGACAAGCUGAGCAGCCUCACACCCUCGCCGCUCGCUCGGGCUGGUACCGAUGACGUCAAGUCUGAACCCAUGGAGCUGGUCUGCUCCAACAACAAUGCCAACGCCAACGACGAGCACAGCAACGACUCCACCGGCGAGCACGACGCCAACCGCUCCAGCAGUGGCGAUGGCGGCAAGGGCUCUCUGAGCUCUGGCAACGACGAAGAAAUCGGUGAUGGACUCGCCUCGCACCACGCCGCCCCGCAGUUCAUCAUGUCUCCGGCGGAAAACAAGAUGUUCCAGGCUGCCGCCUUCAACUUCCCCAUGAGCAAUCUCGAUCACUCAGCGUUGCUUGGUCUCAACACACAGUUGCAGCAGUCCGGUGACCUCGCCGUGUCCCCUCAAGGUGGCAGCACCGGCAGCCUACUCGGCGGCGUUAUAGUGCCCGGCGGUAGUGGCACCCAUAGUAAUAAUAGUAUCAGCAACAACAACAACAACAACAACAACAACAACAACAACAGCAACAACCAGCAAGAACAACAAGUAGACCAACAGUCAUCACCACACCACCUCCUCCAACAACAUCAUUCCACACCACAUACCAACAGUCCACAACAACAACAACAGCAUCUGAAGCAGGAGCAACAGAAGCAGGACCAACUGAAGCAGUCGGGUGGCGGGAGCAGCAAGUCCAGCGACCUGCACAUUGCGGCGGGCAGCGAGCGAAGCCUGUCACGCUCCUCGCAGGGCAUUGCGGAGGCAGGCGGUCACAGUGCCACGCCCUCGCCUUCGCCCACCGCUUACCACAAGCGCGAGAGGGAGCGCGAACGCGAGCGGGAGAGGGAGCGGGGACGAUCGUUUGACCACGAGCGGGACCUGGAAGGACAGGGCGGCACAGGAUCGCCGGCUUCUCCGCCACCACCGCCGCCGCCCUCGCACCACUCGCACUUCGGCCAACAUCCCUUGUCGCUGCUGCCGAGCCACCACCAGCUCCACGCCACCCACCACGAACUGAGCGCCGCCGCCGCCCACCACGCCCACGCCCAUGCGCAUGCCAUGGCCCGCGCCGGAUCGCCGUUGGAGCACCACCACCUGUUGCACCACAGACGGGCCUCGCUCUCGCCCUCGGGCGCCGUGACCGGGGCCAGCGGCGGAGGUGGACGGGGCUCGGGAGGAGCGGGCGGCAGUCUUCUCUCUUCGGUGCGCGCCCAGGACGUGGCGCAGGCUAACCGGCUCCUGCUGCCCCUGCCGCUCAACGCCUGCCACCGGUGCGACGUGUGCGGAAAGCUGCUGAGCACCAAACUCACGCUGAAGCGCCACAAGGAGCAGCAGCACUUGCAGCCGCUGAACAACGCCGUGUGCAACCUGUGCCACAAGGUCUUUCGCACGCUCAACUCGCUGAACAACCACAAGAGCAUCUACCACCGCCGCCAGAAGAACCACCACUCGUACUUCCACCACGGGGCCAGCGUGGGCCAGGCGGGCAGUCCGGGCAGUCGACUCCACCAGUCGCUUAGCUCGCUAAGCGCCGCAGCGGCGGCGGCCAACAACAGCGUGAAUGUGGGUGGAGGCGCUGGUGGAGCGGGGGGCAACGCAGUGGCCGCUGCCGCGGCGGCAGCAGCUGCGGCCGCCGAACUGCUACUCUCGCCGAUUGUUGGCGCCGCGGCCGUGGCCGGAGGAACGGCCAGCUCCACGCUCCAGCUGGCGGCGGCUCACCAGCAGCAGCAGCAGCAACAGUCGUCGCCGGGCAUUGUCAAGCCGUGCAUGGACUUCUUAUAAGAUCAACAGCAACUCUUGCAGCAGCUGUUCCACGUGGCGCUCAACAACUCCGCGGCGGCAGCGGCGGCUGCAGCAGCAGCAGCUGCGGCUGGAUCGGGCCCUGGGGGAGCAGCUGGGUCGGAGGGAAUGGGCGGCGUUCAGGAGUACGGGGUUCAGGGGCCCAGUGGCACGCCCACCGUCGAUCUCACCCAGCUGGAGCACUCGGCGGGAGGCGGAGGGUUCUCCGCUGCCGCCCUACAGCACCACCUGCCGCACCCCCUCUCCCACCAGCAUUCGCUGUCCCACCAGCAUCCCCACCAGCUUGGGCACCAGCAUCCCCAUCCGCAUCCCCAUCCCCAUCCGCAUCAGCAUCCAUAUGAACGAAUGAAUUUACUAGACCAAUAAGCGAGGCGCAUGAAAGCAUGCUACAAAAAUCAGGCACGACGAUCGGGCACCACACACACGCACACAAUUGAAGAAUGAGGAAGAGUAGAAGGAGACAAAGAUGGAGGAGAAAGAGGAGUAGGAGGAGGAGGAUAAGAGAACCGACCGAACGAACGAAAGGAUUACUAUAAGAAGAGGACUGCUAUCACAUAACCAUGUAUAUUUCGGAUCUCACAGAACGGAAAAUUCAAAGACUUUUUCGGGCAGAACAAAAACGAAACUAAAAUACAUUGGCAAGCAUCGAGACGAAGCAAUGAUAAAGAAGAAAGCGAAAGCGAGGAGAGGAAAGGAAGACAAAAACAUUUUUAGGCAAAUGAAAAAACUGUGAUUAUUUACGACUUGAUUAUAAAGCAAGCAAAAACAAAAGUCUUUUAUUAUAAAGCUAUACAUACAUAUACACACACGCACACACCCAAUCAGAUUGCGCUGAAAUCGGAAUCGGACUCGGAGUCUGGGCAGAACAAGUAUACGUAUAAGAAAUUUUUUUCCACCAUCCCAAAUUUUGAUGCGAAUAGCUAGAAUAAAGCAAGCGGAGCUCUAACGCAAGCUUGGAGCACAGGAUAGAAGACUGUAAACCAUGUCACCCAAAUGUACACACGACUUAUCCCAUUGACACAUACCCCUUAGUAUUAUCCGCAAAAGCGCAAGACGCCAUCGCCAUGCCACACUUAAAACUUAAUCCGAACCGAAUCCGCCUAUCGUUUUGAAUGUGGAUGCAACCGGGAAUCACACUGAAUAAGAAUCUAAAUCACUGAACUAAUGUGCAAUGCGCCACGUCUAACUCUUCCCCAUAUCUGUACAGCAUCUAACUAUUCGAUCUUCGUCGCAUAAGCAUUUUUUCAACACCAUUGUUUACUUAUGAACAACAGAACAUACAACUAAUGCAUUUUUUUUGUGUAUCAUUGUAAGAUAUCAGAUAUAUAUAUAAAGCAUACAUAUGUGUACAUUUAAAUAUUCAUAAAAUGAGUAGCAAGGUUAAUGUAAAAACCACAACUAUGUAAACCUAGCCUUAAGUAAAUGUGUGGAAUAUACGAUUUUUUUUUUUACUUAUCUACAAUUACAAGCGUUGCCCUUAGGAAAACACACACGACUAUACACUAGUACAUGUAUAACUAUAAAUACAAAUAUGAUAUGAAUAUAAUUAAGACUAUCACUCAGCAUAACGCAUACACAGCAAAACCAUAAAUCAGUUUUGAGAUGUAGGACGGGCGGAGAUCUAAGAUUGUAUAUAGGUGGAAAUAGCACUGAGGGGGAGAUACGGGGUAAUAAAUAUUAGUAGAGUACAAGGAAGAAAAGGAUUCGAGCGCGUUCCGAAGCUGUCGUCUCGCUUGUCAUGGGAAAAGGACUGACUAGUUUUAAACUCUGCCGAAGGCCGACGAGCUGAUCGCUCAGCGAUAAACGUUGGCUGAUAACUGAACUUCGAACAAUAAAAUUGUUGGUCCUCAGUUGAUAGAUUGCAACUAAUUAUGCUUUCCAAUUGGUAAAUUUGGGACACUUAAUGUAUAAUCAAAAUUAGCGACCAGAUAAAGAUGGUUUACUUUGCUUCCAGCACACUUUACCUUAAUUUAAAGACUGAUAAUUUGAUGUAAACUUUGGAAGGGGCAAGGAAUAGAAUCUGCAAAAAGAGUCAGGCAGAGGAACCGUAGAGAACGAUAUUAUUUUUAGGAGCAUGAAAUUUCAUCUUGGGAUAUCGAAAGCGAUAGGAAAGAUAGAGCUAGAAGAGAAGCAUGAGCCUUAGUUAAAAGUCAGACCUAGGUGGGUAUCUUUCCAAACCGAUAUGUAGAAAAGAGAGGGGGAGAGUGGGAAGGUUUGAGUCGUGUGCGAGUAUAGUCGAAUUGUAUUUUUAUACAACCUAUUAUAAUUAACAAUUAGUGUAACUCACCCAAGCAUACUUUAGGCGCAUUUUCCCAUUGUAUUUUUUCUUGCUUCUUUUGGCAAACGAAAAGUCUGAAAAGUUUAUUAAGUUAAAUCACCAACGUUUUGAUACCAAAUUUCGAUUAAAAUACCUUAUUCAUAUACGACUAUAAUAAGUUUAUCGUACAAGUUAACCCAUAACUGUAACUGUAAUGUAUAUACCUAUAAGGAGAAUCUUCGGUUUGUUACUCCCACGCGAUCAGCAAUCGCCAAUCCCCAGCUGCAAUGCCAUAUAUAGAAUACCCGAGUGCUGUACUUAGCUCUCCGACCUCACCAUAAAUGUCACCUCGUUAUUAUUAUGUUCAAUAAAUAUGGGAAUGUAAGUCCA